CGACGUCAGAGCAGAGAGGAGGGGGGAGCCAAGAUGGCGGCGUCAACAACUGUACCUCUGCUGCUUUGUUUGGCGUCAUUUUCACUGCAGAUCAGCUGCUCCAGACUUUUGUCAGAGCCCUGUUACAAACCCGUCAGAGACCUCGGGCCGAACUCCGUCAAGACGCAUGCGCGGCCGCACGAGUACGUGAAGGCGUCGGACCUCCCCCCGUCGUGGGACUGGAGGAACGUCCAGGGGAAGAACUAUGUGAGCGUCACGAGGAACCAACACAUCCCGCAGUACUGUGGCUCCUGCUGGGCCAUGGGAGCCACCAGCGCAUUAGCUGACCGUAUCAACAUCAAACGUGGAGGCGCGUGGCCGUCGGCCUACCUGUCCGUCCAGAACGUGAUAGACUGCGGUGGGGCAGGCUCGUGUUACGGAGGAGAUCACCUGGGGGUCUACGCCUACGCCCACGAGCGAGGCGUCCCCGACGAAACCUGCAACAACUACCAGGCCAAAAACCAGAGGUGUGAGCUGUUCAACCAGUGUGGCACCUGCUCCUUCUUCGAGUCGUGCGCCGUGGUGAAGAACUACACUUUGUGGAAAGUGGGCGACUACGGAGAAGUUUCCGGAAGAGACAAGAUGAAAGCAGAAAUCCACACCAACGGUCCCAUCAGUUGUGCACUGAUGGCCACCGGCGGCCUGGAGGAAUACUCCGGAGGAGUUUUCUCAGAGUUUCACCCGCUCUCUUUACCCAAUCACAUCGUGUCCGUGGCGGGCUGGGGCGUGGCGGAGAACGGGACCGAGUACUGGAUCGUCAGGAACUCCUGGGGAGAGUUCUGGGGAGAACUCGGGUGGGCGAGAAUAGUCACCAGUGCCUACAAAGGAGGAAAAGGCAACUGGUUCAACCUGGGUAUUGAGAAACACUGUGCAUACGGAGACCCCAUUGUCACACAGACUCAUAAAUAAACUGGUAGACUCAA